AUGUCUCAAUUACCGACACUGGUGUUCGUCCCGGGCGCCUGGCACAAGCCCGCGUGCUACGACAAGAUCAUUGCGCUGCUGCGAGAGAGGCACAGGUUGAAGUGCAUCGCCAUCACCCUGCCGUCUACGACGGGCGACCCAAACGCAACAUUUAAAGAUGACCUCGAUGCCGCGCGCGGGGCCAUCUCUGGCGAGACGACGCAGGGGCGCGACGUGGUCGUCAUUGCCCAUUCCUACGGCGGCAUGGUCGGCAACAGCGCCGUUAAGGGCUUCGCGCGGUCACAAGAUGCGGCCGACGCAAGCACAAGCAGCAGCAGCAGCAGCUCAACCGACGGGCACGUCAUCGGCAUCAUCCUCAUAGCCUCCGGCUUCACCUUCACGGGGGUCGCCUUCAUGGACCCGUUCCUGGGCCGCCCCCCGCCUGCGUGGCGCGUCAACAGCGCGACGGGGUUCGCCGAGCUCGUCGCCGACCCGCGCGACUUCUUCUACCACGACCUUCCCGCCGAGGAGGCCGAGCACUGGGCCGCGCAGCUCACGCCGCAGAGCCUCAAGGCGCUGUUCGAGGGCGGCGAGCAUGCGUACGCCGGGUGGCAGGACGUGCCGGCCUGGCUGAUCGGCACGACGGAGGACCGCGGGCUGCCGCUGGUGGUGCAGCGGAUGCAGGUCGGCAUGGCGCGGGAGAUGGGCGCGCGCGUCGAGCACCGGGAGCUAGCGACGAGCCACUCGCCGUUUCUGAGCAGGCCCGAGGAGACGACGAGGCUGGUGGUUGAGGCGGUGGAGGCGUUUGCGGGAACGUCCGUCGAGGGUGCUACACCAGUCGAUGAGGCGACGGAGGGGAGGUUGAGGGCUCAAGAGGCCCUUCCGGUGCCUAGGCUUUGGCGGCCCCUGACGUGGUUCCGGUUUGGCCUGCCGUUGGUGUUUGGCCACAUGAUUGGGAGAUCUAUCCUCAUCUUUACCUGGGGACGGAGGCUGUGGAGGUCGAGGUAG